CCAUAAUUUCUUUUCUUUUUUCUCCUUUCCAGCUUUGCCACAUCAGCAAUGGCAUUCAUUCAUCUCUUGUUUUCAUCCUCUAUCCUCCUUCUGUCACUGCUUGCCUCCGCUAGUGAUUAUGAUUAUGUUUCAGAAUCUAAACCUGAUUAUGUGAAACCCCAAAAUGUGUACAACCCUAAACCACAGUCAGACUCUGUCAAGCUCGAAAAUGAGUACGACGCCAAACCCAGAUUCGACAUUCGCAAUCCUGACACUAACUAUGCCCUGAAGUCUAAAUCCUAUACAGCUAAACCUGAAGAAACCUACAUUCCUAAAUCAGAGUCAGAAUAUGUCAAGCACACCGAAAACACCAAUUUCAACUUUCCUAAAUUAAAGCCAGAGUAUGUUAAACCCAAUGAAGAGUAUAAUCCCAGCCCUAAACCAAACAUUGCAAAACCUGAUGUCACCUAUCCUAAAUUAGAAUCCCAACCAGAAAAAUUAAAACCUGUCGUCACUUAUCCUCAAUAUCAGCCACAAUAUGCCAAAUCUAACAAAAAGUAUAGUCCUGAAUUCGAACAGAAUACUAUAAAACCAGAAUAUGCUAAACCAGAGGAAAAUAAGUAUAUCCCAAAAUCCAAACUUGAUGCUAGUUAUCCUGAACAAAAAUCAGAAUACGUCAAACCUGAUCAAGACCUUCAGAAACCUAAAGUUUCUAUUCCUAAUUCGGGUUACGGGUUCAAUCCAAAAUUAGAAAAUCCACUUCAUAUUGGCAUUGAAGGACUUGUCCUCUGCAAAUCAGGUUCUAGCUAUGUUCCUAUUAAAGGUGCCGUGGCAAAGAUUUCAUGUUCAAUUUUAGGUGAGAAUGGAUACAUGACGAGACUUUUCUCUUGCUCGACCGGUGCAAGCGAUGCAAAGGGUUACUUCUUCAAGGCAAUUCCUGUUGUAGGGCUUAAAGACUGCAAUGUCAAACUUGAAAAAUCUUCAUUAGAAAGCUGCAAUAUUCCUACUGAUGUGAACAAGGGGAUUACCGGAGCUCAGCUUUCUUCUUACCGUAUUCUCUCGGAUGAAAAGUUAAAGUUAUAUUCAGUUGGACCUUUCUUCUACACCUCGGAGUCUAAACCAACCCCUAAUACUGGUUACUAGAACUAUUUUUUCCGCGGCUAACGUUGAACUCAUGCCAGUUUGAAUUGUUCGUUUUGUUGAUUGUUUCAAUUGUCAUUUUCUUAACUUUAAACUUUCAUCAAUGGAGUUGUCCUUACAUAUAUCAAGAACUGUUUAAAUUAAGCUUUACCUGUAUUAUGGGAAAUUCCUUUAAUGAUAGCAAGUGAAUGAACUGCC